GAACGCUCCCACUUGUACAACUGUGUUUAUGAGUUCAUGACCUGCUGGUGGAGACGAAAUGUUGCGUACACAGCGCAAGGCCCGUGUUUAGACAUCGGGGAGGACCGCUGUCACUAGCCGCAGUAGCCUUCGCUUAACCCGACACCGCUGUGCACGAACGCGGCGGAAAACAAAUGUCAGCAGUGUGCAUCCAAGCUUCGCCCCCGUAAACAUUUCUCUCUGCCGUGUCCAGGCAGCACGGCUGACAUGUCUGUCGGCGAUUUGAAUAAAGUCAGCUCGAAGUAGGCGCGUCAGUGCUGCGCGCUAGCGCCCGUUAGCACGCUAGCUGCUGCUAACGCAACUCAGUUGGUCAACAAGUUUGUCUGAUAACAGUUUGCAAACGAAACGGAGCAAAACAUUUUGGUGUUUUGGAGAAAUAUCCUAACACGCCUAUGAGCCACAAAGAGAUCUUGCAGGUGAUCCAGAGAGAAAGGCUGAAGGAAAUAAGAAGUGGAACCUCACCGCUGGCAUGUCUGAAUGCGAUGCUGCACACGAACUCUCGCGGCGAGGAGGGGAUCUUCUACAAAGUUCCCGGCAGAAUGGGGGUCUACACGUUAAAGAAGGACAUCUCAGAUGUAGUGAAGGAGCUGUCUGAAGAGGGCUCUGACGAGAGCAGCGACGAUCUUUCGGACUCCCAAAGCACAGAAAACAACAGCGGUGCCAUUGCUCAAGAGGGCAGGAGAGGAAGAUGGAUGCGACGAGUUCCCUCCAAGCUGCAGUCACAGCCGUCCUCUCCGCAGCCUCGAUGCUCAUCGCCCUCUGUCCCCACCAGUAAACUCAUCUCUCCUUCGCAGAAACACAGCAAGAAAGCUCUGAAACAGGCCUUGAAGCAGCAGCAGCAGAGAAACCAGCGCAGACAGGGAGGAAUGCCAACCACCUCCAGUCCCAGACUGCUUCUGAAGACCAUCAAAGAUAUGGCUGACAUUACUACAAAGACUGAGUUAUGCCACCCAGUCGUCCCAAGGAAGGUUUCCCAGAGGUCAAGCCGCCUUAGUGCAGGGCAGCUGAAACGUACCAAAUGUAACAUAGAUGUGGAAACACCAGACUCCAUUUUGGUUAACACCAACCUGCGGGCGAUCAUCAACAAGCACACCUUCUCUGUCCUGCCCCCCGACUGCCAACAGAGGCUGCUCAAACUACUGCCUGAAGUUGACCGGCAGGCUUGCAUGGAUGGCCUUCUGAAGGUCACCAGUUCUGCCUUAAACAAUGAGUUCUUCACAUCAGCAGCACAGUCGUGGAAGGAGAGACUUGCUGAGGGAGAAUUCACUCCUGAGUUGCAGCUACGAAUGCGCCAAGAGAUUGAGAAGGAAAAGAAAGUUGAGCUCUGGAAGGAAGCCUUCUUCGAAAACUAUUAUGGUGAAAAUUCUGGGCUCAGCUUUGAGGAAUCCAAAGAGCUGACAAAGGCUGAUCAGAAUCAGGAGUCUACCAGGCCCCAGUUCCAAUCUCAUCAGACAGGACCUGCCGCUCAAAAACCAGAGGAUCCCAAGGGCACAAAGGACAGCAGCCAGACUGAUGCUGCUGCUACGGCUCUGAAAAACAUGAAGGCAACACAAGUACCUCUGAAGGCACCAACUGCUCACAAAGAGCCAGUCUUCACCACAGAGCCCAUGAAGACACGGCGCGCGCAAUACAAUGAGGAUCGUAGAUUGAGCAUAGCAGCGCAGAAUGCGCCACAUCCUGCGGUGACAACGCCUGAGGUUGAGAGUAGGACUGAGCAGGCCCUGCCUGAGAAGGAGCACAAAGAGAAAUUGGAGGAGGAGAAUAAGGAGCCCCCCCAGUCACCCGCGAAGAAGAGCCAUCCACCAGCAGCUAGCUCAGAAUUAAAAGAGGAUCAGCCCGUGUCUGUGGUUAAACCUGCUGAGGAGAGCGAAGUCAUCCCUGAGCCCAGUGGCCCUACAGAGCUGCUGAAAAGGAAAUCUGUCAGUGAGAUGGAGGGUAAAUUGACGCCAGAGAAAAGGCCACGUAUGUCCUCAGUCUCCUCUGUGUCUUCAGUCUCUUCUGUAUCUCCUCCAGCAUCAUCCACAUCCAGCCCUCCUACACCAACUCCAACAACUCCAACAAAUCAGAGGGUGCCACCACUCAAGAUCCCAGUGUCUCGAAUUCUUCCAGUUCCUCUGUCACCUAGCCAAGUCUCACCAAGGACACCCCUCCCGGCCCCACUUAGCAGCCCGGGCCGCACUGGUGCUCGCACUCUUGCUGACAUUAAAGCUAAAGCUCAGCUCGCCCGAGCACAGCGAGCAGCGGCUGCUGCCGUAUCAUCUGCAUCAAAGGGACCCGUGCCAGGCCCAGGGCCAGGGGGAGGCGGUGCUGAACCGACACAUCCAUCGCCCAGUCCUAGCCCAACAUCUCCACAGGCACCAACCAGGUUACCAGCCUCUGAAAGUACACCUCCUUCUUGCCCAUCGGACCUUGGUCAGCUAAGCCCAAACCAGCCUCAAACAUUUUCCUCAAACAUAACUGAUGAGAAACACAAAGGUCAUCCUGCUGGUAUGGUGAGUGCAGGACCCCAUAGUGUUCAAAAGGGUUCAAACACAUCAUCUCAGCCCACUCCAUCUGUACAUGCUGUAAAGGGACAGGAAAACCAAUCAUCUGCUGGAUUAUCCACCAGGACCAGCUCCUGUAUCCCUGCAAAUAACCCGUUGGUCACACAGCUACUGCAGGGCAAAGAGGUUCCAUUGGAGCAGAUCCUCCCAAAACCACUAUCCAAGGUGGAAGUGAAGAUGUCAAACAUACCCUCUGGUAGUAAGGGGAAGACAUCACACCCACACACACAUGCUGAGCACAGGGCUGAUAAGCAGAUGUCCCAGCAGCUCAAUAUAGCAGGACGAGCAGGAGUUUUCUCAGAAUUCACCAGACAUCACAGGGAACUUCCUGAUAAGGAGACUCAGGAGCAGAUCCUACAGGCUCUCAUGCAGAGAAAAGUCCAGCACAGCCAGCCUUAUGGUGGUAUGGGGCCUCAGCACCCUCAGUACAAUGUCCAUCAGCUGGUGCAUGCAGAUGAGCGCCAGGACCAAUCUAGGAUCUCAGUAGGAUUUCUUGGUCGUAAGAGGACACCCAGGCCAGCCAUGACAGGACACUACCUGCUAAAUGUGUCCACAUACGGUCGAGGACCAGAGAGCAAGAGACUGCACCAGUCUGCCAUCCCAAACACGUCUGUUUCCAGUUUAAAAAGGGAAAGCACAGAAGACGAGGAGGCGGCUAAGGAAGAUGAACCAGCCAGGAAAGUUUUCUCUGCUGUUUCUGGGGUCAAAACAGAGCAGCAGGGAUACUCAAUAACCAAGUGUGAUGAAACAGGGAGCAUUCAGCCUUGCUCCAAUGUAAAGACUGAGCCUGGAUCAGAGGAUAGUGCAGCUGGCGCCGACAACAACAGCACCAGUGCGACAGCCAAAGACAACAGCCCUUUUUUUCAGUCACACCGAAGGCACCUCGAACUCUGCAAUAGUAAUCAUGGAAACUCCGAGCCAUAUUGUACCCAAGUGGACCCCAGCCACCAGCGGACGCCUGCCUUUCAAACCCAGAGAACGCUUGAUAAUCAGGAAAAUGUGGCAGCAUCGUGCUACGGUGGCACUAUCAGCAUGUCUGUACCUCACACUUUGAACCACAGCACUGCAGGUGCUGGAUCUUCCAAUGCCUCAUCAGAGGCAGACGGCGGCAGUGUCCAUGGGAGUGUAAUGUCUUUCUCAGUGACUGUCACCACCAUACCUGCCGGUCACUCGUUGGACCACGGCAACCAGGGGGAGCCCUCACCUGAACAGUCAUAUAUGGAGGGCUCCAACAUGGAGGACGUCCAGUCCAAAUGCUACUGCCGACUGAAGGCGAUGAUCAUGUGCAAAGGAUGUGGCGCCUUUUGCCACGAUGACUGCAUUGGCCCCUCAAAACUGUGUGUGUCAUGUUUAGUCGUACGAUGAUAUGAACUUAAUAAUAACUAGAAGAUAAUGUGGUUUGAUUUGCUUUGAUGCGAGGCACAAAGCAGACGCAGAUCAUCCAGAAUCAAUACAGAACCAGCGAUCGGGCCGGACACGCUAGCUGUAACCAGCAUGUAUGUGGUUGCUGUUGAAAGGCAAGGAUUUACACUGGAUGGUCGUUUAUUUCACCAACAUCUAUGAAAAGUUGUUUUGUGCAAUUUCUUUGGUAGAAAUGUCAAUCCGUUUUCAAUCAAAUCAGUAGUCUGUCAGAUGUGUGACAAAUAUAAAAUCUGGCAAUGUUUGCACUCAGCUAGGAUUAGUGUGAUAUAUUUUUAUAAAUAUAUAUGUGUAGUUUUGAAAAAGGGGAAAAUGAAUGUUGCUAUUUUUGUAGAACAUAAUGACUGUUGUGUUUUAGACUGACACUUUUAUUAUGGGCCUACGAGUUAUGGUUAAAGGCAAAAAAAAAAGGGCGCUAAUGAUAAUCAUCGGUUGUAGAGUACCUCCUAUUUGGCAUUUAUGCACGCAUGGCAGGGAAGUGCAACCUACAGUAACUAUUUUAUAUAAAACCUGUACAUUUAUUACUGAACACACUCAGAUUUAAAAACUAGAAAAAGCAUGUAUAGUUUUAGAUAGAGAAUAUAAAAGGAAAUUUUGAAUGAUACUUCAACUCGUGAGGAUUGCACAUCACAUCAGUUUUUAACUAACAGUUACAGGGCGAAGCCCCUGAAAACCACCUGGAUUUACGUUAGUAACUGUGUACAGCACUUACAUUCAAAUAUAGGGAAAAAGAAGAGUCAUUUAUAUAUAAAAAUGCCUAUAUGUUCCUUUUGACAAAUGUAUAUCUUUUCCACUCCAGGUCGAGAUCUAGAGUCACUUCCUACUGUGUGAACCUGCAUUUUCUCCCCGAAAAAGCCAGCUUGUAGAUAUUGUCUCCCGUGAGGUGGGUUUUUUUUUCACACUCGUAUUUCUGUAUAGAAAGAUCAGCAGUGGCAAACACUCAAAAAAAAAACACUCAAGGCGAGGGGAGAAAAUGAAGAUGAUUUUGUUUUUUCACUGUAAAUAGUUGCUCAUUUAUGGCAUAUUCAUAGAUGUAGAAAUUUAUUUUUAUUUUUAUUCGUGCAGCACACCUUGCUCGAGCAUAUUCAAUUGUUUAUUAUUAUUUUUACUUUGGAAAGAAAAUGGAGAAAAACAGUAAAUUAUGCUAAAAUGCUAAAUGCUUUAUCUUAGAAUGAUUCAGCUGAUUCAGUUUUACAAAAUGAUUUGGAGGUACAAUAUGACACCGAUUAACAGGCUGGUGUAACACUUCACUACAAAGGAGACAUAUUAUGCUUAUUUUGAAGUUCUUGAUUUUAUUUUGGGUCGCCACUAGAACAGGUUUACAUGCUUUAAUGCUCAAAAAGCAUUUGGUUCUUCAUACUGUGCACUGCUGCAGCUCUGUAUUCCCCCCCUGUCUGAAACACUCGGUUUUAGCCCCUGUCCCCUUUAAUGCCCCAUUCCUGAAUACUCAGUCUCCCCUGAUUGGUCAGCUCAUACAUGCCUGACCAAGCACCGAUAGCAAUUACAGAGUAGUCGUGCUAAAUCAAUUCUUUCGUGCUAAACUAGCUGGCAGGCAUAAAUUAUGCAAAUGUCUUUCAAGAUCUUUUACAUGCUCGAGAAUGUAGAACACUGAAGAAAAUGAACAAAUGAAAAAGUGUAAUAGGUCUCCUUUUAAAAUGGCCUUUUUUUCAGACAUCCUCCAUUUAAAUGUGGUUUAAAUGAUUGUAAGCAUGAAGUAAUACUACACCAUGUUUAUGCAGAAUAAUGUACAGUAAUGUGUGUGUGUGUGAUGUGCACAGAUGAACCAGCAAAUUUGUGGUGUGAACACUUUUGUAGCUGCGUUACUAUGAUGUAAACACAGUGUAAAUGCUUACUUUACCACAUAUUAACAUGCAAAAAGGCCAGUGUGAAGCGUUACUCGGCAGGUCCUUCAUGUGUUCAUGCUGAUCGAAAAAUGAACUAUGAUCAAUUUAUGUUUUUUGAAAUCUCCUUGAGAUGCAACGUAGGCCUGUUUCAUAGCAAUUAUUUUCCAAGGUAAUAUGCCAAAGUCACCUUAAAGAAAACAAAAAUAAUCAGAUCUUGUUUUUAAUGUUUGACUUGUUAAUCAAAGUAAUAUAUUUUAAUUAAUAUAUUUUAAUAUAAAAAAGUCUAUUUGCUAAUUGUUUUUGAAAAUCAACAGGGUAUUUACUAUAAUAAUAUAUUGGCUGUCUGUUUUUCCUAUGAUUUUGUUUAGACUGGACAGACCGCUGUACAGAUAAUAACUUGACUUUUUAUAAUUCGAAUUGACCAGGUAUCAAUAUUCUGUACGGCCCAGGUUUUUUCUGUAUUUUUCCAUAGAGAUGUUGUUCUAAUAUAGCUGUCUACACUUGUGUCAUUACCUGAUGAAAACAAAAUGUUUUUAAAGCACCAUUUUUAGAUCAGUUGAUUAAUUGAAAGUCCAUUUUUAAAUGUAUUUGUUAUUAAAUGGGGAGGGGGGUUGUGUCUUGUGGAAAAUUGGUUUUAAGAUGUUAGGGCUAGUAGUCAUUUCACUAAAAAAAUGACUAAAAUUUACUAAAUUGAAAUCAUCCUCCGUAAAUGUUUAGCUCUUAUUUGGUUGAAUGUGAUGUUAGGAUGCUGUAUUUACCCAUAUUGAGUUGGGGACUGGAUUGCACUGCAAAACAAGUUAACAAAAACAUUCAAUCAUCCCAAAAAGGCAGCUGAAAUCUUUGUUAAUAACGACUGGAACCCGAGUCAGGCAGCAGUCCCCCGCGUCACUGAAGUAACCUGUUGUGUGUGCGUUCAGAGGAGGUAGUUUAUAUAGAAAUGACUGUGGGGAGUAAAGUUUCAUGGGCAGUCCUCACCCCUUUUUAAAAAAAUGUCACGUUCAUCACUAGGUGAAUUUGUUUAAUUCGUCUGUGUCAUUCUGUCUCCAUUUAAAAUCCGGGUGAAUGUAAUAUAGUAAUCAGCACUUGUAAACAAAGUGUAUUUUAUCAAAAGUUAUAGACUAUUAUGAAUAAAUAAUGAAAAGAAAAGUA